AUGUUCACUCAGAGGAAACAAUUGGGGGAGACCCUUGUGCGUAAAGAAGUGUGUCAGACGGACGUAGGCGUGAGCACUGAGAGUCUCCUGCUGUCCUACUCCAUGUCCGUGGAACGUCUGGCUCCACAUGAGGGGAUCCGGCCAAUGAGAGCCAUCUUCACCAAAGACGGAAACAUCUUCACAACAGGGUUCACCAGGAUGAGCCAGAGAGAGCUCGGACUCUGGGACCCGACAAAUUUUGAGGAGCCAAUCGCACUGUUGGAGUUGGACACAAGUAAUGGAGUGUUGUUACCGUAUUAUGAUGCAGAUGCGAGCAUGGUCUACCUCUGUGGAAAGGGGGACAGCAGUAUCCGUUACUUUGAGAUCACAGAUGAGCCGCCAUUUGUUCACUACCUCAGCACCUUCAGCAGUAAGGAGCCCCAGAGAGGGAUGGGCUUCAUGCCCAAGAGAGGUGUGGACGUCACCAAAUGUGAGAUCGCUAGGUUAUUCAAGCUCCUGGACAAGAAGUGUGAGCCCAUCACAAUGACAGUGCCCAGAAAAUCGGACCUCUUCCAGGACGACCUGUACCCGGACACAGCGGGGCCCGAGCCCGCCAUGGAGCCUGAGGAGUGGCUGAACGGCCGCGACGAAGACCCCAUCCUAGUGUCCCUGAGGGGCGGGUAUGUGGCGCACAAGAGCCGGGAGUUCAAAGUGUCAAAGAAGAACGUGCUGGACUCCAGACCAACCACCCGACGCAGCGUGUCCACUUUGGACACCAACAGUCUGCCGCCUGAGUUGCUUGGGAGGUUGUUGGAGGAGCUGCAGAAUCUGAAGGCCACAGUUUUGUCUCAGGAGAAGAGAAUCUCUGACUUGGAGAAUAAGCUUUCCCAGUUCACUAAUGGCACUGACUGACGCGAAACAUGCGUCUGAAGAACUGGUCUACAUCUCAAAAUAUGUAUCUCUACAACUAUUAUAGAAAUACAUUUCCCUUGUUUUUUUUCAAGGAACCAGUCUCCUAAAUACUCCAACAGUGUAGCUCCUUUAAAAAAGGUACCAUUUUGUAAAAAUAUGAAUGUGGACAAUGUCCAUGCAAAUAGACAGUCAAACUAAUUUGAACAAAUAACAUCCAUAAUGUGUAAUUGUUUGGCAGUUUUUCUACAUAAUCCUCAUUCCAGCUCUAACACAAUAUACCUUUACUGCUAUGGCAAAAAUAUUUUUAAUAUAUAAGUCAAGAAUGAGAAGAGUAUAAAAAGGGGAGUGAGGGAGCUGCAGGUUAGAGGGGCGUGUGCACGUUGGGUUGAGGGUCUGAAUGAAGUCAGCAUUGUGAACACUUUUAAACAAUACUGUCACACCGUAAAAAUCAAAUGCACCAAAAAGACUUCCUGCUUGGAAUGGUUUGGCUUUUGGUAAGUUGCAUUGACAAACUAACAUCACGCUAAACAAAUCGAAAUGCUUCAGUAAGAGACAAUCACCGACUAGUUUAUUUAGACUCUUUGAAAACUCUUCAAAAUGUAAAUAGUGAUAAAAGGAAACGGGAGAAAAAAUGUUGAACGUGUAGCAAAUUGUGAAAAGCCAAAUGUUGUGUGUUCUGUAAAGCAUUAUACAAUAGACACAUUAUGACAACAAUAAAAAUCAGUGUUUUUUAAAUA